CCUAGAAUCGUCGUUGAAGGUCUUUUGAAGCAAUGCUUAGCUACGUACGAUGUGACUUCAAUUUCGGUGCACCUGCUUUGUUUGUCUUCGCUUGAGUUAUUGGUGCCCAGGACUAUAUAUUAUGCCUUGCUUUUCACUACGUCUUGGUCUUCUAUUCGUUUCUUCACGGGCACUCGCCUCUAUAAUCAAUCAACACUAGUCACUAGAACAAAAUCAAAAUGGAGCAGCAGCAAGCACUAACGACGAAAAUCACCUUCCGCGUUGCCGUGGAAGCCGCGUUGCCUUUGGACCAAGCGGUAUUUGUCUGCGGGUCUCACUCUGCUCUCGGCAGUUGGGAGGCGGGGAACGCGGUGCGGUUGUUUGCCAAUGAGCAAAAUCCGUUGCUUUGGAGCACGGAAGAAGGGAGUAUCAGCCUUCCGCUGAAACAGCGCGUGGAAUACAACUAUUUGGUGAAGGAGAUCGACGGCCCGGACAGUCUAGGAAACACGCUCAGUUUAAGCAAUGCAGAGACUCUUCGAAGGCAACUCGUCCACUCCCGCGAACAGCAGGUCGCCGCCAGCCCAUCAACCAGUUCCGCCGCGGCGCAGCAGCCGGUCGUGCAGGGCGCGACGGGCGCAGGGCCGCCGGUGAUCGGCAUGGGGUCCAGCUCGGCUUCGCUCUUGAAGCAGCGCGCGGGAGCUGGAGGCACCCUCCAUCCCCCGAGCAGCACGCGCGCGGACACGACGACAACGGAGGGUGCGCCGGCGUUCGUGAGUGGGUCGGGCAGGAGUGGCG